AUGGUUAAAACGAGUUGCAUUAGGUCUGUUGGUUUUCUCAGCCUUGCCAUUGCUGUUCCUCUAAUUGUCACUGUUGCUGAAAUCUGCGAAGAGACUAAGAGCGGUGUUAUGUUUCGUGAAGCUUUAAAAGGUCACCGAUUAGUAAACAGCCUGUUGGACACAAUUAGCUCGCUAUCAAUCGUGGAAUGUAGUUUACAGUGUUUACAAGAAACAGACUGUCAGUCCGUGAACUACAGAAAAGAGUUAAACACGAUGAAGGAACACGACUGUGAGCUGAACAGUGAAAAAGCAUCAGUUAAUCCUGGCCAUGUCACUAGAGAUGACUCAUUUACUUAUUAUGAAAUAACAGGAACAGGAAAGUCAGCCAAAACUUGCACUAAAGCUUCGCUUGGAAGCAGAAAAGAUGUCCCUGGUAAGAGCUGUGGUCACAUAAAGCUAAGUACAAAUACAUCAAGCUCCCAGGAAUACUGGAUCCAACCAGAACCAGACGAAUCUCCAUUUUUGGUUCACUGUGAGAUGAGCCUAUUUGGCGGUGGAUGGACUCUAGUCUACAGCUAUACUUUCACAAACUAUGCUAAUUUUUAUUCCUCAACAAACGCUGUCAAACCUCGCCCGAGUUGGCGAGCUCCUGGAGCAGAUGUGGAGACUUCGACAACACCUCCUCUCAAAGAUACAUUUGGUGCAAUAGCUUACAGACUCUGGCGGAUGAUGGGAAAGAAUGUUUUAAUAAAAUCGAACAUAAACGACUGGUAUGAAUGUGAAGACAGUAACGGAAGCGUUGUGCUAGAGGUGAAUGGCCCAAUUUCUUGUAAACAUGUCCGGGAGAUUGCAGGAUCAUGCAGUUCCAAUGCGGUACCGACAUAUAUCUAUUGGGAAAACAUUGGACCUAUGAUGAGAGGAAGUACUACAGUCUACCGUUUUGAUGGUUCUACUUCAAAAGGAUACCCAACACACAACUCGUGUACCAAUGGUAUAAAGAACGAAAAGAGAAAUGUAACAAAUCCCUAUGGCCAGAUAUUGAUAAGAUAGCAUUCUAGGCUGACCACAUUGUGUUCAUAGAUCAUAUACAAAUGUCGAUGAUACUCCAUCAUAUAAAGAAACAAACUUUUGUCUUACGCGUUUUAGCAAUCUUGUAUCUUGCUUCUAAAUGUCGCAAUGUUUUGUAUAUAUAUCAAUGCUUUAUUAACUGUUGUUUAACAUGUCUAUACA